AUGGAGGAGCAGCAGUUUCUCACGAGCAUGGGCGUUAGCGUGAGCAACAUGCGGAGCUACCUCCAGCGCGACGGCGUGGACGUCGACGUUCCCGACCCGGUGAUGCUGGGCGCGGCCAUGUUUCUCACUGCUGCGUACGACGCCAUCCCCAACCCACCCGUGUCUCCCGCCGCGCCGCUCGCCUCCGCCGUCGCCGCGCAGGCCCCAGCCGAUGGCGUCGACCGCAUCAGCCUCCUCCCCGACGCUCUGCUCCGGAACGUCGUGUCGCGCCUCCCCGCCAAGGACGCCGCGCGCACCGCCGCGCUCGCCACGCGCUGGCGCGGCCUCUGGCGCUCCGCGCCGCUCGCCGUCGUCGACGCCCACAUCCUCCCGCGCUGGAUCUCGGCCGACCACAUGAUGCCCGGAGGCGAAGACGCCCUGUCCAGGGCCGUCGCCGUUGCGGUGUCCCGCGUCCUGGACGCGCACCCGGGCCCCUUCCACUGCGUCCACCUCUCCCGCUGCCACAUGGCGUCGCACCAGGCCGAGAUCGAGCGCUGGCUGGAGCUCCUCGGCGCCAAGGGCGUCCAAGAGCUCGUCUUUAUCAACCGCCCUUGGCCGCUCGACCACCCUCUCCCACGUGCGCUCUUCGGCUGCGCCGCCAUCACCCGCCUGCACCUGGGCUUGUGCAGGAUCCCCAGCACCGUCGGGCUCCCGCGCGCCACGCGCUUCCCCCACCUCCAGGAGCUUGUCCUCAGCACGGUCGUCAUCGAGGACCGAGACCUCCACUUCCUAAUCGACCGGAGCCCUGUCCUGGAGGUCCUCACCAUCACCACAAACCUGACCGGGAAGGCUCGAGUCCGGCUGAUCAGCCGCAGCCUGCGGUGCGUGCAGGUGAGGAUGUCUAACCAAGUGGACAUCACUGUGGUGGACGCUCCUCGUCUGGAGAGGCUGCUCAUGUGGAUGUUAUCACCUGCCAUAACCGGCAAGAGAUGCUCAAAGAUCAAGAUUGGCCACGCACCCAACCUGUGCAUGCUGGGACAUUGCCAGCCGGGAUUCGAACUGGAGAUUGGCAACACCAUCCUCAAGGUGGGUACUAAAAUGACCCCAAGCACCAUGGUCCCAAGCGUCAAGAUCUUGGCUUUGGAGGUGGGAUUUGAAGUCCGCAAUGAAGUCAAAAUGAUGCCUUGCUUUCUCAAAUGUUUUCCCAACGUGGAGACGCUCCAUGUCUUUUCAGUGAAUGAUGACUCCAGUGGCAAGGUUGAUCCCAAGUUCUGGAAGGGGAAGGAGGCUGGCUGUAUUGAUUGCGUCCAGAGGCAUGUGAAGAAAUUUGUCUUCCAAGAGUUUCGGGGUAAGAGAAGUGAGCUAGCGUUCCUCAAGUUCAUUGCUGAGAGAGCGCAGGUCCUAGAGAAGAUGGUGGUUAUGGUGGCCUCAAAAUGUUUCUCUUCACCAGAUGCUGUCAAUGCCAAGCUGAAGCCUCUGACUUCUGCAAUAUGA